AUGUGCCGCUCCUCUCUCGCUCUCUACACCUGGUGCCACUGCCAAGAAGCCCUGCUCACCGAACCCUGCCACUCAGGCCGCAUCUCACCGAGCGGGAGCUGCGACUCUGUGGCCGCCAGCGAAACAGUGCGACUGCACUGUUACUGCCGGUACCACGCCGAAAAGGGGUUUCUGAGCGCCCAUAAAGAGAAUAAAAAGGUGAAAAAGGCAGAAAAAAAGGAAAAGAGGCGCUCGAUGGGUGCUGCCAGUACGGCGAGCAGUGUCGAGAGCUUUGCGUCUGAUAGCAGUAGUACUUCUUCCACGAGUAAACCGUGCAUGGCAGACCCCCCUUACAAUAUGUCCUCCGAUCUGGCCGACGACUUUCAUCGCCUGGCGAUAGCUGCACCACGCUCAAUCAGCCCUCUUCCCCCUCCCUCGCCAACGCCAGAGCGCCGCUCGCCCAGCCGUGUCUCUGAGCGCAUACGCAAUGCCUCAACUCCCGUCUCCAAGACGCCUGCGCUGCGCAAAACACACAGCACUGUGUCCCUGCGAAAAACACCCAGUACCGCCUCCUUGCGCGACGAACGGCGCCUGUCGACUCCUGGCCUACAGAAACGAGCAUCCACGACAUCUCUCCGAUCGGCGAGUAUGAGUCGCGAUGCCCAUCCCAGCUUGUCGCGGCGCUCCUCCCACAAUCUGCUCGGAGCCAUGUACUCGCCGCUCGAAACACCGCUCGAGGCCGCGCCCACCGCGUCCUCCAUUGCCACCGACCAUUUCCAGUCCGAGCUGCGCCUGCAUGAAACCGUGGACCUGCAAUCCAAAACUGUCGUGAUCAUCCAAGACGCCUGCUACGGCCAUCGCUACUCGCGCCCCUACACUAGCAGAGACGGCCUCGCAACGAUUGUCGAGCGUCCAGAGCGGCUCCGUGCGAGUGUCCUCGGGGUGUCUACCGCGUAUAUCCGGGUUGGGAAAAGACAUGCGGGCUCGUUGUUUGCGCCUCGUCCUGAUCUCGACCUUAAUAUCCUCCCGCCACCGCCUUUCCAGAUUCGCAAGUCCAGCAGGGCUGUGCCAUUGAACUCGGCUGCAGUUACCUACGUUCAUGGCGACAAGUGGAUGGGCGAUUUGAAGAGUAUGUGUGAUGCCGCGGAAUCGCGCUUGGAAUUGAAUGGAAGAGAGAUCGUGCGACCCCGGAGCGCAGGGCGGAAAGACAACGGCGAGAAACCCCUCCAUGACGGGGAUCUGUAUCUCUGCCCAGAGUCUCUGGACGCUUUUCAAGGCGCUCUAGGGGGUGUGUGCGAUGCAGUUGAUACUGUGCUGACCCAAGGCGCAACAAAACGAGCAUUUGUUUGUGUUCGACCGCCUGGACACCAUUGCGCCUCUGUCGACCCGUCCGGAUUCUGCUGGCUCAAUAACGUGCAUGUCGGGAUCGCGCAUGCUGCCAUGACCCAUGGCUUGACGCAUGCGGCGAUUAUCGAUUUCGAUCUUCAUCAUGGCGAUGGUUCUCAGGAAAUUGUCUAUAAGCAGAAUGAACAAGCGUGGAAUCUGCACCAGCGAGGCGGCGCAACGGCUAGAAAUGCUGCUCCGUGCAAGAAGACGGCUAUUGGGUAUUAUAGUCUGCAUGAUAUCAACUCUUUCCCCUGCGAGAACGGCGAGGCUGACAAGAUCGUUAAUGCGAGCGUCUGUAUUGACAAUGCUCAUGGACAAUCGAUCUGGAAUGUGCAUCUCGAGCCGUGGAAAACGCACGACGAGUUUUGGAAACUCUAUCACAACAAAUACGCCAUUCUGCUGGAUAAAGCGCGCAAUUUUCUGCGCUUCCAUACGCAGCGACUGGAAGCAACUGAGGGUACCCCCAAAGCUGCGAUCUUUGUCUCGGCGGGCUUCGAUGCUAGUGAAUUCGAAGGCGCCGGCAUGCAGAGACACAAGGUCAAUGUGCCCACUGACUUUUAUGCCCGCUUCACCGCAGACAUCGUGCGACUCGCCGAAGAAGAAGGCCUGGGGACUGACGGCCGGAUCAUCAGUGUUCUGGAAGGCGGCUACAGCAACCGCGCACUGUCCAGCGGCGUUCUGAGCCAUCUCUCUGCUCUUGCAGAUAACAACAUAUCCACCACUACACCGCAAAGCCGCCUAGCAUUGGAAAUGAGCGGACGUCUGGGAUUGGGCAGCGGAUUAGGUAGCGGAUUGGGCAGUGGAUUUGGCAAUGGAUUGGGCAAUGGCGAUGCUGAGUUCAAGUCUGUUCCGGCCUUCGAGACCGACUGGUGGGCUACGAAUCUGCUCGAAGAACUGGAAACCCUAGCAUUUCCUCCACCGCCGCCUAUUAAAAAACCCCAGAAGUCAGCUCCAACCUACUUCUCGCCCACCCAGGCGUCGACUGCCAAGGUGGUGAAAGAGCGCAAGCUGUCGGCCACAUCCACAACCGACGGACAUUCAUCUGAACCACUACCUGAGGUCGACUGGGCUACGUCGGCAUAUGAACUGUGGAAAUGCCUUCUCCCGAAUGAUCGCGAGACGACGAGUUUCCAAUUCGAAGAUCUCAAAGCAAGAGCCGCUCUAGCCAAGAAGAAGAAAACCUCCCCACCUACUCCUACCACGCCGUCUGGAGCGCGCAUGCAGCUUCGCGCGCGAGCAACCAAAACAACUUCUCCCGAAACGCCCUCUGGAGAUAAAGCCUCAAUCUCAACUCCACGCCGCGUGAGCUCGCGCAGCACCAGCAGCCACAACAACAACAGUCGUCGAACCACCAUCGGCACAGCAAGCGACUUAUCCGAGCCUCCCAAAUCAUCCUCGUCCUCAUCCACCAGAGAUGCACGAAGAAGGCAAAGCGCCACUGGCACAGUCUUGGAUGCCGCAGCAGGAGGCAGCAAAACGCAAUCGCAACCACAAACGCAAACACCCACGCGAGCUAGUUCCAGUUCUCAACCUCCGAGCCAGAGCCCUGCUAGCGCUGUCGCUGGCAGGAAGAUGCGAGUAUCAGCCGGGUCCCGAACUUCGACGCCGAAACGCGCCGUUAAUGCAGAGAGAGUUCCGCCGUUGCCAAAGGUGCCGUCUCUAUAUAUGAAUACGGACACGAACAUGAACACAUCUAGCAAGUCCUCGCAAGGGCAAGGCGUGGCGGAUUCGUCGAGUGGUGAUGUGGAUACAGUAGACGAUGUUUCAGCUGGCGUGAAGAAGUUGAGUAUCAAACUAAAAGUCCCGUCGCCAGAGGAGAAUUCCCGGCGGGAAAAGAAGGCCCCGAGCGGUCCCGAGCAGAAAAAGAAACUAGCUACAAGUAAAAAGACUGAACUGGCAAAACCGUCUUUUGCAAAAAUAAACCGCGGCGUUGCCAUCGCCCCGAAGACUGCAGCAGAGAAGACUCAACCCCAACCACAACCCCAAUUUCAAUCUCAAUCUCAAUCUCAAUCUCAACUUCCUACGAAACCCCGGAAUGAAAGCGAAUACGAAAUCCCCAUCAAAAUCGACAUCCCCUCGGAGCCCGUCCACUUGCAGACCAGUGUCCCUGAUCAUAGCAAGAGCAAUGGCAGUGGACUCGGCUCCUAUCAAGGCUUCUCUACUGCGCCGACCACCCAGUCCUCGCAUUUCCAGCUGCCCAUGUCCCCCGUCUCCCCGCUCGGGUUUCCAUCUCCUGCACCUCCUGAGAUGGUUUCUGCUCAGUCGACGCGCGACAAUCUGCCGGUUUUUACCUCGACGAGCGCGAUUCCGUUUGCGCCGGUGCCUGUGAAUGUUUCUGAGAGGCAGGGUUACCACCAGCCAGGUUAUCAGCAGGGCCCUUUUCUACAGCAGGCGGGCGUGUAUAACCCUGCGCUUCAGAACCCACCUCAACCACAACCACAACCACAAAAUCAAAAUCAAAAUCAAAAUCACGAGGCUGCUGAAUGA